AUGGCCUGUGGUACGCUAAGAACAUGGACCAUGGCGAUCCUCAUUUUACAACUGAUUUCUCUUCUGGAACGUAUAACAUUCGACUUUAUGGGUGCUGUCUGGGCUUUAAUUAUUGGUAACUUUGUGGCUAUCCUUAUUACCGUCGUCGGUACUUUCGGAGCUUACCAAUUCAGACCACGUUAUUUGAUUAUGUAUCUAAUUUGGUCCUUCGCGUGGAUUGCUUGCAAUGUUGCAGUGAUGUUAACCUACUUGGAAAUCUCCAUUUUUAAACAGGGUGGCACUAUUUUAACAAUAAAUACGGAAAGCGCAAGUUGGUGGAAAAAUAAUGGAAUUGGCUGCACCGUUGAAUAUGAGUCGAGCUCUCAGACCGGCUCAACGAGUUCGGCAAUCAUUGCGAAAGUAACGGGAUGUAUCUUAGAAUACAAGUAUGUUGAGGUCAUUCAUGCUGGAAUCCAAUGCUUUUUCUCAUUGUUAGGUAUCAUUAUUGGUUCUUGGUUAACUCAUCGACUGUACAAUCCUAAAGCGAUCGAUCAAUCUGCCAAUAGCGCAAGUUACAGAUCAACUAAUUUUCAUUUACAAAAUGUGUAA